AUGGCGGUAAAUGAGAGCCUUCGCGCUCUGGAGUACAUGGAAGAAAAAGAGAAUUUUCCAUCUGAGGUUUCCCAACUCUUCACGCCAGGAAGAAAACCCUUGAAGGCUGUCCAAGAGAACUUAGUUGGUACUCCAGAACUCACUCGCUCUACCAAGAGCAGGAUUGCAAGGAGUUCUUUUACUCCAGCUGGGUUGAACCCUAACAAAACAAAGAGAAAAUCAAAACGACUGAGUAUUCCAGUCCAUGUGUUCAGACGAUCUUUGAAACAAACCAAACAACUUCAUUCACCUUUGCUGUUUCCCUCAAAUCUUAAACCUAAAGCUGUUCAGAUUGACUCAGACAAAUCAGGCUCAAAAUACCAAGUUACUAAGCGCCGUUCUGUUCUGCCUCAUCCAAAAUCAGUCAUUCCCAAAGACAAUGAAACUGAUUACAAGCUACCAGUCCAUAAUGAUGAGAUAUCAGAAGAAACACGCCUUGACUGCUAUGCUGAGGGAUUUGUAAAAGACAUUUUAAGGGACAUCCAAAUGGAGUACCAGUCAAAUCAGAAGAACAAGGAUACCAGAAAUUUAGAGUCUGACAAACUCCAACAGACAAGUGAGCAAAGUGAACAAGAAACAGAUGCAAGCCAAAAUAAUGAAGUUUAUCAAAAGAAGAUCCAAGAAUAUACUGAAAUCAUCCUACAAAUGAAUAAAGAACGACUUCAGUUAGAAAAACAGCUGUCACUUUACAGGAAAGAAAUUGAGAGACCUGCAACUACACAUCCUUUGACAAAAGUAUCCCAGACAACAUCACAAAAGAGCAAAACUACUUCUACCAAUCACCCAACCCUUCUAAAAGAGUCAUCUCUACAAAAGGAGUUAUUCAAGAAAACCAGCGAAGUCCAGAAGCUUCAAAAGGAACUCCAGCAGGUCAAGUCAAACAAAUCAUCACUUGAAUCCAAAAAAGAAGAGAUUAGACAACUCAAAGUUGAAAUAAACCAGCUACAUCACCAAGUGAGAGGGGUUCCAGGCUUGAAAAGUGAACUUCAAAAGAGUCGCCAGCAAGUAAUAAACUUGAACGAAGUGAUACUAACUUGUCGACAAGAGAAUAAAAGUCAAAAGUCACUUGUUACAAAACUAGAAAAAGAAGUCAACUCCAAAGAAGCAAGAACAAAACAGUGCAUGAAGGAAUGUGAACAUUUGAAAAAUGAUCUGUCUGAAAGAGAAAAAUCUAUCAGUGAACUCCAAGAGUUGGUGUUGUCUAGUGAAGAGGAAAAUCGAUACUAUAAAUUACAAUGUGAAAAUCUAAGCCCUCUUGUUGAUCGUCUUGAGUUUGUUUCUGAAAAGGCUGAAAAAUUCAAAGCAACAGCUCAGCAAAAGAUUUUGCAUUUGACUCAUGACUUGGAUGAAAAGACACAUUUAAUCAAGGAUACUGAGGACCAACUUCAAAGCUCUAGGAGCGAAGCAGCAAUUUUGGGUGAAUACUGUGCAAAACUCAAGCAUCAAAUCUCAGAACUUACCUCUGAGGUUGACGUAGGACGUUUGGAGAUUUCACGUCAAAAGGGUGUCAUCAAAUCCUUGGAAGAAGAACUGGAGAAACUCAAAACUGAGAACAACAUGUAUCAGGAGCAUCUAGAGUUAAUUCAGUGCCAAAAUCUAGAAAUGAAUAACUUCUUGGAAGAAGAGAAGCGGACUUUAGAAGAGACAGCCAGAGAGAUGGAAAAAGAGCUGGUCACUACCAAACAGAGAGGUGAGAAAGUUGAACAACUCGAGGAAGAAGUAAAAUUCUCCAGGAGUCUAGUGAUGGAAAAACAGGAAGAACUGGAUGCCACACAGUCACAGGCCCACUGCAUCAUACAACAACUACAAAAUGAAAUAUCAGAUGGUCAAGAAGCUCUUGCAGAAUUAUGGGAUAUAUUGGGUCCUCUACUGAAACGAUUCAGGGAAAAUGUUCAUCGUGAUUUUGAGGACAAAGAAAAGCAAAUCCACCAGGGAACUAUCGCAUCGACCACAAGCGGGGUAUCAUUGGUGCAAAGUGUUUUGUCAGCGGCUGCUCAAGGACAGCAAACAAGGCUCAACGACAACAGCAACGAUGACGACGAGGACUGUAUUACUACUUUGUGCAGUCAGAUUAAUGAUUUAAAACAAGGUUUGAUAGAAUUAGCUGAUAUUGGUUAUGGCGAGAGAGCAUCUAAUGAAGCACGACAAAGAAUAAAACAGCUUUUACAAGAAAGGGAAUCAAUGGAACGGAAACAUACCGCGGUUCUUGAUGGCUUAUAUCGUGAACUUGAGACAUCUCGCUCUAGUGAGACAAGCAAUCUAUGCACCAUACAAAAACAGAAGACAGAGAUAAAUAACCUCGUCAUCACACUAAACAGCACCAGAGAGAACCUUAAACAAGUGAACAAAGAAAACGAUUCUCUGAAUGGAUUGCUGGAGCUGGAAUUUGAACAAAGGAGGCAGAUUUCGGAUUUGAAGGACGAACUACAACGUAAAGAGGUAGAAUACAAAAGACUUGUUUCAGAGAAAGAUUGUAUCCAAGAACAACUAACUGAAGCAAUUAACAGAGUGGGCGAGUUGAGCACCGCGGGGACCCAUGACUCGGGGAAGUUAUUAGAAGAGAAAUUUAUGGCUGAGAGAAAGUUAAAACAAGUUAAAGACAGAUGGAUGGAGUAUCGUCUGAAGGCUGACGACCGCCUAAAUGAGAACAAACUAACAACGUCUCGAAAGAUAAUGAAUUUCGAGAAAUCGUUGAAAAAAGCCGAAGGUGAAAUCGUCCGUCUUGAUCAAGCUCUAGAGAAGAUAAGAAACGUUCUUCGAAGAAAUCUUCCUGUAGUUAAUGAAUGCCCUUCUUUGUCGAAGGUCCUACGAUUCCUUGAUGGCGAAGAGAGCGAAUACACAUGUUUCUUAUAAUAUUACCAUAAUUACGCUAUAACAUAUCCCUUUUUCGUUGUAUAUCAAACCUCCUUCCCUCUACUCGGGGUAGCGCUAUAGUACUUAUCCAGUUGUGUUGAAACUAGCGUAUUGAAGAGCUGCUUUUUAAAAUACGAUAUUACGCUUAACAUAUCAAAUCAGUUUUAUACUGUAAAUUACAUACUGUAAAUAAUAUCUAGUUUCCUAGCUAUCGAGUUGACAUUCUUUUUAAAACUGUUUUAUAUUUUAAGAGAAGAACUGUUAAAAAAUAUAAUAAUCACAAUUUUUUGGUUGUGUUUCUUUGGUAUCAUGUUUUUAAUUAUUAAAACUCACUUGAACUUC